GGCGGGAGCCUGCCUGCGAGCAGCAGCAGCAGCGCCAUGGAGAACGUGGAGUUGCGCGGCGGCCCGGAGAGACUGCCAGACAAAGCUCCCCGGCUCAGCGCAGCCUUUGGGGACCAGGGGCCCCUGCUGCUGAUGAUGGUGGACCCGAGGGGAGGGGAUGGGCACAAACUGGUGGAAGUGUUGCUGACUGGAGGGGCUCCUUGGGGCUUCACGUUAAAAGGAGGAAGAGAGCACGGGGAACCUCUUAUCAUCACCAAGAUUGAAGAAGGGAGCAAAGCUGCAGCUGUUGAAAAGUUACUGGCUGGAGAUGAAAUUGUCAGCAUCAAUGACGUGGGGAUCUCCGGCUUCAGACAAGAGGCUAUCUGUCUGGUGAAAGGUUCACACAAGACACUAAAGCUUACAGUGAAAAGAAGAAAUGACCUAGCCUGCAGGCCCCACUCCUGGCAUGCAACCAAAUUCACUGAGAAUCAGCCUGAGCCAGCCACGUCACAGCACUCCUCAACCAAUGCCUGCCCUUCCUGGCACUCCCGGUAUCAUGCAAGCUCCUCCUCUCAUGACCUGUCCAACUCAUGGGAUCAGUCAAAUCUGCAUCGCACAUCUGAACGAUUCAGUUCCCUGGGAAGUAUGGACAGCUGGGAUCACUCUCUCCAAACAUCCCAAUAUGCGAAGUCCAACAACAGCAUUGAUCAUCUAGGGAACCAAAGCAAGCGGGAUUCUGCCUAUGGCUCUUUCUCUACUAGUUCGAGUACCCCUGAUCACACUCUGUCCAACAUGGAUGCUGCUUCAGUGGAGAACAUGCUGUACAAAGUAGGCCACUGGGACACUGCAAAGCAUGGAAACAGCAAGGCUGGCCAGUUCAUGAAUAACAGUGGGCUGGAGGACAAACCUGGAUUCUUGCCACUUCCCAUUCAAUAUGAGACUAGCAAGAGUCCUAGACUGGAGGAACAGCCGGACUCCAAGCCUUCUGGCAGUGGAAGAUCAAGAGUUGGACCUAUUUGGCAUGUUCCUGAAAAAAAAUCAUCCUCCCCUCCUCCACCACCACCACCUCUCCGUAGUGACAGCUUUGCUAUUACCAAAGGCCACGAGAAGGCCCAUGGUUCAGUGUACUCGGAGGAGGCCAGCACUCAGCACUUUACAGCUCUGAACCAGUCUCAGCACAGGAGGGACUGGAAAUCAGAAACUGCAGAACAACCAAGAAGACCUGUUCGGACAAGUGACAGAUGUGCAGAUGGAAAGAGGAUCAAUAAUUCCAACUAUAAAUCUGACACUAGUCUGGACUACAAUUUGUCCUCUGCUGGUGAAAGGUAUCACAACAAUUCAGGAAAUGCUAACAGACUGCAGUCCUCUUUGUCCAGCACUGAUGUUCGGUUUGCACAGCCUGCUUACGGUUACCACCACCAGCGCCAAUACAGCGAUGAAAGCACUUUCUUUCACCAUGCAAGAGCUUCGACUUCACCUAAAGAGCAGCGGCAUGUUUCCUCUUAUGGGGACAAUAAAGAGCUACCUGCCAAUCACUUUCACUGCUACAGUCCAAAUCAAGCUAGAAUGCUCAACACUUCUGCUAGUAACAGUGCUGCUGAACAGAAGUUGGACAACACUGUGCAGAAUCGUUAUUAUUGCGUCACAGCAAAACAGCCUGCCCAGGGAAGCUCAAGGCCAGUACAGCUUAAGGAUGAAUGUUGGAAAUCUGGAAUAGGGGCUGAUGGAUCUAAUGAAAAUCCUGCAGUAGUCACAAUGGUCCAAAAACCAAAAUACUAUUUACCACAACAACUGGUCGAGCCUUUGCUAGAAGGGCAUGAGAAGAGUGGACACUACAUAGUAGACAAUGGAGGAGAUGUUAAGUCUACUCUAGUGGAAGAGCCUAAAAAAAUAAGUUAUACUAAAAAAGCUGCUAAAAAAAAAAGCUUUGAUGGCAGUUUGGAAGAAAAUGCCAACCAGCAGGAGUGUGCAAAGAGCUGUGUCCCUGUCACUGAACACAGAGCUACCCAAAAAGAUAUGAGGGGGCAACCAGAAGAGUGUAGUAAGAUUUCUGCUCAGAAGACCCCCAUCUUACAUUCCUUAGCCCAGGAAGGAAAAAGCCAGUCUGGCAACUGCUUGGAACCUGGAAUGGAGAGACAGCCCGCCUUUGAUACUCAUAUGGCUAAGCAGACCCGCAGGAGUGAUCGCUUUGCAACAACCCUGAGAAAUGAGAUCCAAAUGAGGCGAGCCAAGCUGCAGAAAAGCAAAAGCACUGCUACCUUAGUAGGGUCGAGUGAAACAGAAGAGUACACUGAAAACUGGAAACCAGAUUCAGUGGAGAACUUAAACACACCUUCGGAGAGCUCUUUUACCAGUUCCUACACAGAUCACCUGAAGGAGGCUCAAGCCAGGGUCCUGAAGGCUACUUCUUUCAAACGGCGGGAUUUGGAACCUAGCCCUGUUGAUUAUCUACCCAGAUCACCGGAACGGAAGACAAAUAAUUGCAACUCUUCAUUGGCGUGGGUUUCUGAAGAUGUGUCAGAAUUUCUUGAGGCUAUGCAGGCUAAACCAAACUCAUCAGGGAGUGGCACUCAUCAUAUUUCCCGCAUUGGCGCUAGGAAGAGGUUCACAGCAGAACAAAAACUGAAGUCUUACUCUGAACCAGAAAAGAUGAAUGAAGUGGGGGUGUCUGAAGAUGACUGCCAUUCCCACUGCCGCCCAAAUACAUCCAAUGAAGCCCUGGGCUCUUUUGCAGAUAAGUGGAAGUUCUUUGAAGAAACGAGUAAACCCACGUAUCGUAAGUCUGCACAGAAACAAACUCCCUACAGUCUGCCUGAGCGGUCUGAUAAGAAAGCUCAUGGACAUGAGGGUGAGGCACCAUGGUAUGACAGAAGGGUUCGGGCAGCCUCUUUUGGAAUUGAAAGUACACGAGCUACAAAAGAUAAUGUCCAUUACCUAGCUCAUAAAUCUUCAGACAAAGUGAUGAAAAUGGAACAGCCUCAGAGGUUGGGAACUUUUGCAGAAUAUCAGGCAUCCUGGAAAGAGCAGAGAAAACCUCUAGAGCCAAGGAGUUCAGGAAAGUACCAUUCAGCUGAUAACAUCCUUGAUGUAAGCCAUGAGCAGCAAGGGAAUCCUCAGUACGCACAUGAGAGAUCCAGGUCAUCUCCUUCUACUGAUUUCUACAAACAGGAAGUCACAGUUGAAAUAAGGAGGCCAGCUGAGGAUUUAGGAGAAGAUGGAGAACUAACAAACAAAACUAACACUGUUGAGCAGAAUUGCAUUCUAAGCUUCUUUUCUAAGCUCACAGUGUCUCUUCAGCCUCCCCUAAGCAGAGAACAAACCUGCCUUCUUUCUGGGUCUCAGAGGCAGGCUCAUAUAGGAGUCCCAGAAGAUAACACAGGAGAACAAAGGGCUCAGCUGGACCAAAAUUUAGGACACAAAUGGAAGGCAUCUGUUAGACCAUCUCAAACCAGAGAACCUAUUGUCUUGUCUCAGGAGAGUCGGGGAAGGUCUGGGACAUUGCCCAGUGAUUACAGAUACUCACAAGAAAACGUGAAUGAGAAAAUCAAAGAUUGCAGCUUGCCCCAUCUCACUUGUUCUGAGCCGCCGACAUUGCACGAGAACCAAUCCUGUCUGCCACAGAGCAGAGGAGAGGAAAGUCAGUGGACAGAGGUGACGUUGCUGAACAAGAAACGUGGACCUGCCCCUCAGAGACCUCCCCCACCCAAACGAGAUAAUAAAUACAGGUGCCAGGACAAAUCCCCAUCACUCAGCACCUCUUCAGAAUCUCUGCUGGCAGUAUCCAGAAAGCCCAUACAAUCCAUUUCCCCCCGCUCUGGUGAGGUAAUUACAGGUUACUCCUCUCUCACUCAGAGUCCUGCAGCAUUCAAUGGAAAACUGAACAGCACUCAGACUCAGAGGCUUCGGCAAACAGCAUCCACUGAAAAUGUGUCUCAGCACUUAGAAGAGAAAGCACAGCUUAAAUUUGAACCUGUGUUGUCUGCAAAGCAUCAUUACCUUCAGAAACCUGCAAUGGAGACAUCAAGGUCCCCUUCACCUCAGUUUGCUCCACAGAAGCUGACUGACAAGCCUCCUGUAUCUGUCCAGGAUGAGAAUCCAGCAAGAAUUGAAAGAGUGAUAGACAACAAUAAAACAGUAAAAAUGGUGCCCAUCAAGAUAGUUCAUUCUGAGAGCAAUGCAGAGAAGGAAAGUCGCCAGAGUCUUGUGAGCACCAUGGAGCCACCUGCCUUACCUAGUGGUUUAGAGAAGGACCAGAUUAAAACACUCAGUACUUCUGAGCAAUCCUACUCUCGUUUCUGUGCUUACACAAGGCGGGGUAUAGAACCAGAGCCUGAGAGCAAAGCCAAACUUCCUGAAUCGCAAUCAGCUGAAGCAGUUGAAAACAACUUGAAGGACAGUGAUGCCUCCAUUCCUGUAAUCAGCUAUGUGAAAGCCAAAGAGAAGACCUUUGAAGACUGGAAGUCGGAGGAGCUAGCCAGAGAGAUUGUGGGAAAAGAUAAAUCUCUAGCAGAUAUUUUGGAUCCUAAUGUGAAAAUAAAAACUACAAUGGAUCUGAUGGUGGGAAUCUUCCCUAAAGAUGAACACCUCUUAGAAGAAGCUCAACAACGCAGAAAGCUCCUACCAAAAGUUCCUUCUCCAAAAAUUGCAGAGGAAAAGAAAGAGGAGCAGGGCAUGCCCUCUGCCAUCUCCUUGACAACUAAUUCCACCUACUACAGCACGUCCGUACCAAAAGCAGAAUUGCUGAUUAAAAUGAAGGACAUGCAGGAGCAGCAGAGUGAAGAGGAUUCUGAAGAUGAGCUGGAUCAUGACUUGUCAGAAAAGAAGCAAAAACUCAUUGACAGCAUCAGUAGGAAGCUGCAGGUGCUGCGAGAAGCUCGGGAAACACUCCUAGAAGACAUCCAAGCCAACAAUGCACUAGGAGAGGAGGUGGAGGCUAUUGUAAAAGAAGUCUGCAAACCUAAUGAGUUUGACAAGUUCAGGAUGUUCAUUGGGGAUCUGGACAAAAUAGUCAACUUGCUGCUGUCGCUGUCAGGUCGUCUAGCCCGGGUGGAAAAUGCCCUAAAUAAUUUGGAUGAAAAUGCCUCUCCUGAAGAACGGCGGACACUGGUAGAGAAGCAGAAGCUACUGACUCAGCAGCAUGAAGAUGCAAAAGAACUGAAGGAAAACCUGGACCGACGGGAGCGCAUUGUCUUUGAUAUUCUGGCCAACUAUCUGAGUGAAGAGAGCCUAGCAGAUUACGAGCACUUUGUAAAGAUGAAGUCAGCCCUUAUCAUUGAGCAGAGAGAGCUAGAGGACAAGAUCAAGCUGGGGGAGGAGCAACUCAAAUGUCUGACAGACAGUCUCCAACCCGAAAGGCUCAAGUAAGAGGUUGAGGCCUGACCAAAGACUUGAAAACUGGAUGCUUGGGUCGUUUCCAAGUAUGCAAGAGAAAACCCUGACUUCUAUCUGUGUCCAGUAGGGGGAGUUAGACAAAAGAAAAAUAGCUACAAUAGCAAUAAUGAUCUUUCUCAUUGUUUGGAUGCUGUAUUUAAUUUUUUAGACCCUCUUUUUAAUCCCCGACUCUGUAGCUGUUCUUUGUCUCUCAAUCUAUAGAAAGUUCUACAGGAAGUAGAGGAUAGAUUUUUAAGCUUUUAAUUCCAUAUAUUGUGAAGUCUGUUGCAGUAGUGCAUGCAAACAGUAAUGGUUUUCAGAACAAGAUAUGUGACCGUCUUUGUCUUCAGAUGUCUUCAGUACAAACUGUUGGGAAGCCCAAAAGCAAAUGAUUUUUAAAAAGCUCGAAGUUGAGGGCUUUUUUUUCAGUCACAUCAUGUGUGACAUGAGUCUAGUAUUACAUUCAGGUUGCUCUCGUAUUGAUCCUGGUACGUACAUCAGAUGCUUUUUUCUUUAAUGCAUCACAUAAGAAAAUGUCUCACUUUCUCCUUUCAGAAAAUAAUUUCAAAACCUAUCUCAGCUGGCUACAGAUUAAAUACACUUGAAAAUUGUUUAAGAUCUACAUUACUGAAGUUAAGAACACAUGGUUUAGACAGAAACAUUAUUUUUAUUAUUAUUUUGACAUUGCACAGAAAAAGUUGUGGGCCCAUAUAUAUUCUAGCGUAAAUACAUUUUCUUACCAAGUGAAUUGAUUUUAAAACCUAGGAUUGAGGAUGCUUUGUUUGUGUGGUUCAAUUAAUUUAAUAACUGAACUAUUAAGAAAAAUCUGUUUGCUGCUUUGGGUUUCCCCCCAGCAUAGGAAAGAGUCAAUAACUUAACAGGACAGACUGAACUAUGUUUAUUUUUCUUCUGCUUGUUCAACAGUUCACCUUUUUAUAUAAAUAUUUAAAUUAUAUUCAAGCUGUCCCAUGUAAUGCUGUUUUGUCUUUCUCCCUUCCCUCAUUUUCCCCAAACGCAAUAUAAAUACCUAAGCCACUUAAAUAUUCCUAGGUCACGUGAGUUCAGUGCAGUAUUCAAAUUAACUCUGGCUUAUAACUGUGAACAUAUGUAUUUUUUCCAUGUCACAUGUUGACAUAGACUCUUUAAUGAUAGGACACUAUUUCUCAGUUCAAGAUUAUUGGAGGUGAUAUUGUAACACUGCCAUCCAGUAAAACUCUGAUAAUCUGCAUCAUGCUAACAAUCUGUUAACACAAUGGAUUGCUCUGUGAAUUACAUGUAUUAUUUCUAAAUUAAGAUAUAACUUUUUUGGGGAAAGUGAAGUCUUAGCUAUUUAAAUCAGGAAGCCCUUUAUCUCUGUGUUUCGAUAAACAGAAGCCACAAUUAAGGCUGAAGGGAAUACCAAUCUGUAGGAAUCUUUGAAAAAUACAAGUGAUUACUGAUAAAACAGGAUGAGAGAGAAUUGUCUCUUUACACUGUUUCUAGAAUUGUAAUAUUGACAAAAGGUUCUUUAUCUGUUCUUAUAAAAAGCUGCCUCUUUUAGUGCUUUUCUAUGGCUAAAUCAAGAUGGCAGAGUUAAAUCAGAAAAAGAUAUGCCAUUUGCGGUACACAAAUGGUGUAACUUUUUCUGAUGUUCUUUUGAAAGAAGCUUUUUCAAAAUUUGGCGCGUCUACAUGGUGCCAAAUUUCAGAAAAACCUGCUCUUUUGACACCUCCCUUAUGCCUCAUAGAACAAGAUUUACAGGGAUGGCGAAAGAGCACGUCUGCUUUUUUUAAAACAUUUUUGGAAAAGAGGACAUGUUGCUUGGACACAGCGUUACUUUUCUGGGAUACCUCCAGUAUCCUAGAAAAGCAUUGCAGUCUAGACAUAGCCUUUGUCCCUUUUUCCUGAUCAGUGAACUGCUAGCAUUACAGGGAAUUGGCACCGAAAUUUCUCUAACACCAAGCCUUUCACAGACAACUAUAAAUGUUAAAGGGACCAUUUGCCUUUUAUACGAUCCUAAUUCAUAUAUACUGAGCCAGAUCAUCAGUUGAUGAUCUGGCCUUAAUUUCUUCUUCCAGUUUACAAAACUUUAGACUUCUGUCAAAAUCCCACAAAUAUUUGCUGCUAUGUUAAUUGAUACUAGCACUGGUGAGUUUUCUCUUUAGACCCACUCCUUAACCAUAUGAAACCCUAAGCUAAAUCACUCUUAAAUAAAUUAUAUUUAGGUUUAGUCAAGGUAGUGUGCAUUGUUUUACCUGUGACCUUUUAAAGUGUUUUACAUAUUGUGGUUACUCUGAUGUGUAUGUGAAAUGUGACUGUGAAUAAUAAUAUAAUUUCAUUAUGUGUGUGUACAGUACUUUAUUUAGACCUUUCAUAUAAAGAUAGCAAUACUGAGGAUGUGAUAUAUAUUGUCAUUUUCACAAAGCAGUAUAUUUAGUCAUCAUCUCUCACUUUCUUCUUUUUUAAAUUGUGCUCAAAAGCUCUCUUAAUUGGGACUGGAAGAUGGCUGUCUUCCAAUGCUAUAUGUAAAUCUGUAAAUAGGUAUAUUGUUGCUUUAAAAAAAUUCUGGUGCUAAUAUUUUGCCUUUGGCAUCUUUAGGUGAUGGCUGUUGCUUCACCUUAUGUCAUCUCUCAAUUUUAAAUCUCUUUGUAUAGUGAAGAAUGUGUCAGGUUUCUCCACUUGUUUAGAUUUUGCACCCUAGAGUGAAAAUGUGUACAGUUUUCUUGCUUGACACUUAACAUUUGCCUACUGACAAAUCGUAUUGCUUGAUUUUGAGGAAAUAAACUGUAUAUUUCAGUGUA